AUGGCUGUCGCUACUCAAGACGUGAACGUACUCGAACGCGCUAUCCAGACCCCCAAGCGUGGGCAUGUUGCAGUUGACCAACCAACCGCCGUUCCUACAUCCAUUGCUACCAUCCCAUCAGCAUCUUCAGUCUCUACUUGGUUUUCUCCAGCAGUUUUCGAUGACAUUUGGGACCUACCCGAGACUCCCAUUAAGCAAAUGAGCAGCGCCUCUCUACGAGGCAUCCUGACGCCAUUGACACCACCAACACCACCAACCCUCUCUGAGUCUUCUAAGAGACUAUCAAUCACUCCAGUGUCCAAACUAUCAUUUGGUAGCGAAGCAAGUCUAUCGACGAAGCAGCAACCUGUCGAAAAGAAGGAUGUGGCAGUACAGGACGACACUUCUCAGAUACCGAAGCUGUUUCGAAACCUGACGUUUGAGCUCCAAGCAAUCUCUCAGCAGAAUAUCGCAGCCACUUGCGUGAAGUACGAAAUGAACCCUUCGUUUGUAUUCAGCGACUCUGUCAGUUCGCGAACACGAUCGAAGACGAGCAGCAAAGCGCUAGUAACGUCAGCUAUACAUGCCACGCUUCCCGAGGAGAAGCGCGGCGUCAAACCUCCUCAACAGCCAACCACCACCCCACGGCUGCAAAGCAAACUUUGGGCGUCACUGGGACAGAUUGUACCGCACGAUCUCCAUGCAAGACUUGUCAGCAAACCAGGAUACUGUGUCGCGUCCCUGGUGACGAACCCUUCUGUCCAGUGCAGUUACAAAGCAAAGCCUCUGUGGUCGCCGAGUGGCGUCGGUAGCACUUUGAAGAGACUGGCAAAAUGCAAGAAAGAAGAAGAUUAUUGUGGCAUGCUUACCCAUAUCGAAAGGGUUGUACAGUCAGUCAUGUGUAACAUCCAUCAGAAAACGGCACUGCACCAAUUCAAAGCAGGAUCCAGGAUAGCGGAACUGCGUAGCCAGCUUGAAGACAUUACAAGUAUGACGCAAGCGGACCAAUCCACUCUUGCCCAAUGGGUCGACGGGAUUGUUGAUCCAAAUACCCGUGGGGACCACAAUCCUCAGACCUUCACUAUCACGACGAAGUCUAAGCCGACUGCACGGCCCAAGUCACUCCCAAAGCUCGUACUCAUAGCCUCUACUGCCGAGAUCACUUCGCACGUCCCUUUCUCAUCGAGCUUCAUACAAUACCAACCAAGGAACAUCCAGAAACUCUCGGUUUCGUCGGCUCUUCAUCAAAAGGCGGCUUCGCCGUUAGGUCCCAGGGACUACAGUGCAGGGUUUAUAUACCUCUAUUGGGACAAGGAGUUUUUUGGCAUGGUCAAGAUUGGGUACACCAAUAAUCUAGCCAGACGGCUCAAGGAAUGGAAUCAAAAGUGCAAACGCCAAAACGCCUAUCACUCCAGUACCGAGAGCCAGGUGAACAUGCCGCAUGUGCACCGCGUCGAGCAACUCAUACAUACCGAGUUGAAAGAGUAUAGACUGCGCAAAAAAUGUGAUGGCUGCGGAAAGAUGCACAAGGAAUGGUUCCAAGCAACUCAGUCGCACGUAGUCAAGGUUCUGAAGAAGUGGCGGGAGUGGAUUUUGCAAGAGCCGUAUGAGCAAGAUGAAAGGUCUGGGGAGUGGACGCUUCGGCACGAUAUGCUUGAAUCUCUCGAGCACAUGUGUGAGCCAUUGCCUUGUGAUAUGGCUGCCCAGAAGCCUCGUCCAAAGCCUCGAAAAAUUAGUGCGGGUGUACAGCGUAGCUCACAGAAGAACAAAAGCUCACGCAGAACGAUGUAA